AUGAACCAGAUUGAAGAACCAGAGGACCAAAACCCUUUGGGACCAGCUGACCACUUUCCCGAGUACCAAAACAUGGAUGUGGACGAUGAUCCAGAUCCUGAGAUGCCGCCAUCUGGGACGCCGACGCAUCCCAUAAUAUUAGGGCCGAAAGAUGGAAACAAUGCCCCUGCCAUUGACCCGUACAUAGAGGCAGCAAACUACAACGCUCUCUACCCUGGGCCCUUUCCAGCUACGUACCCAACUAGGUACCCUGCAUAUGGGUAUCAAUACCCACCGCCUCCUCAACCUCAGCAGCAGCAACCACCGCAACCUCAAAUCCAGCAACCUCAACAGCAAGAGAUCCUCCAAAGGUUGCACGAGGUGGAGCAAAGGGUAGACGAAGAGCUUAGGAGUCGUCGCGGUCUUCUAAAGGGUUUGGCAAGCCUCAUUAAGGGGAAGAAGAAGAGUGUUACUUUAAACAAAAAUUAA